UACUAUUUGUCAACUAUUGUGCUGUUUAUAUGAUGAGAAUGAAUAAACGAAGAAUUUUUUAAUCAAAUGGAACUUUUUGGUAGAAUUGUUUAAGUCCGGUAGUGCCCAAACUUGUGCAAAUAAUGAGCACCAAUGAAGUAAGAAAAUUGUGGGGAGAAAUCCCCAAAGAAGAAAUUAAUUUUGCCCCAGACGUGUCGGCAGAUAUAGAAAUGGCAAUGAAUAACAUAAGACCUCUGGAAUAUGACAAUUGCACAUUAACAAAUAAUUCUCAGAAAAUUGAAUAUGUUAGCUUGGAGCCAACAGAUCCCCUGGUGUCUUACGCUAUUACACUACAUAAAUAUAUAAAUGAUAUGUCUGAUAUGAUAAGAGUUGCAGAAUUAGCUAUAGAAUCAGAUCUUAUACCUCCUGAGGAUGCUACUUCUCCCAUUCCUGAGAUGCCUGAUAUAGUAAGGAAACAUACAAGGAAUAAUCUAAAUUAUAUCCCCAAAGAUUUUACGGCAUUUUCACUUGGUCAAUGUGUGGAAGUGCCGGAAUUAAGUAAGGCAGCAGUUAGACAAUUGCUAAGCAAAUGUGUAGCUACUUUAUUUGCCCAUAUUGGAUUUGAAACCAGUCAUCAGAGUGUAUUGGAUGUUUUGAUUGAUGUUGUUGAUGCAUUCUUUAAAAAGAUUACUUUUCAUUUAAAGUUAGCUGAAGAAGAUGAAGAAAGGGAUUCUUGUGGAUUUCCACACACUAUUGAAAGGGUUCUAACUGAACUUGGAUUUGGUGGUAUGAGAGGCUUGCAUGACUAUUAUCAAACAAGAAUUGUGAAAUACAUCACCAUUCUUCAAAAACGCUGUGAAGAGCUUAAUAAACAUUACAAAACUUUGCUAAUCCCAAAAAGUAUUUCACCCGUAAAUAAACUAAGCAAGUCAGUGAGAGUAAAAGUGGAAGAAGAUGAUGAUGUUAUAGAAAUAGACAAUCCACAGGUUCAUUUUCCAAGUUUUGAUGGUGAAAUAGGAUUGUCAUCUUUGGAAACUGGAUUUCAGUUACUUAGCAGUCUAGAAGCGGAAGCAAAUUUAUAAAAUUUAGAAGAAAAUAGAGAAGCCUAGUAUCCAGAUUUCCUAAAAGAAGUGUUCCUGACCUAACAUCCUAACAGCUUAUUAUAAUUUUGUUACAUUUCUAUUUUUAAUGAUAAAUAAACUUACUAAAAUUAA